AUGGCCUUUUUCCAAGGCCUUUCUGCCGGCGGUCUAGCUGCCGCCCUGCGUCAGUUUAAGGAGUCGGGCGUGUCGAAAGAUGCCUUGGAGCGGGCCUUGACAGAGGUCUAUCAGGACCAAGGCCAAGGGCUAACACCACCGGCAGAGUCGGCGCACUCAAAUAUCGGAUUUGAUGGUCUUGACGAUGGACGAGACAAGUACGCCCACCCAGCUCGCCUUUCCGUGUCGACAACCAGCUCCAAGUCCUCGGGCGGGUCCAGGUCUAGCGUCCUCUCGACGGUGACUUCGAUAAGCUCGGUCGGCUCGCAGCCCGCAGCAUCUGUGGCUUCAUGGGGGUCUGCCCAACCCAGCAGCAAAACAGGGGCAGCACCUAGAUAUUGGUGCACCUCCUGCGAGACCACCUUCGCGCGCAAGUAUGACUGGAAGCGCCACGAGGAAGAGUUCCACGAGAGGUACAGGAGGUACCCUUGUCCCGGAUGCAACCGCGUCUUCUGGGGCGCCAACACGUUCAACCAGCACCACAAAGCCGCACACAACUGCACCACGUGUCCGCACGCCCACGACGUCGUCGUAUACACCAAGAGGAAGAGCGCCUGGGGAUGCGGCAUCUGCGCCGCCUUCCUUCCCUCGAGGGAUCGCUUCUUCGACCACGUCUCCAAGCACUUCGAGUCCGGCAUGACGAAGCCGGACCACUGGACCCAUUCCCGGGUCGUAUACGGAUUAUUGCACCAACCCCACGUCUGGCUCGCGUGGAAGAAUCUCGUCGCCAUGGUCUGGGGGGAUAACCAGCCCCGCUUCAGCUGGAACCCGGAUACCACCGGCCGGGCCCCCGGCUUCCUCGAGAACGGCAGCCCCGGGAAGCUGCAGGACUUCCUCGAGUUCUUCAGCGAGAACUCCAUCAACGUCCGCCAGCUCGUCCAGCUCGCCCACGACCAAGCCGACGUCGUCCCACGAUACCCCGCGCCGGCGCAGUUCCCCCAUCACCCGGCCCCGCUCCUCCUUGCCGCGGGCCAGCUGGGCUCGACCGGCCGCCAAGACGAAGUCUCCCCCACCUCGCACCUGUCGGCCUCCCAGCCGAUGAUGCCCAUGGUGGUGGUGGACACGACGCCGCUCGACCAGCAGCAGCGGCAGCAGCAGCAGCAGCAGCAGCAGCAGCAGCAGCAGCCCCAGCCCCACCGCCACGAGUAUCGGGAUUCCGACGUGCCGUCCAUGCAGGCCCCCAACCCGCAGUAUAUGGCCCCUCUACGCUUCACCGACACCAUCGUCGAAGUCCCCGAGCUCGAGUACUACGACAUGGGGCCCGCUAGCAGCCACAUGGGGCCGGGCCUGCCGCAUGCCUCGGGGGCCGAGGACUGGAGCAGCCUGACGGCCACGGUGGUGGACGAACCGAUGUGGGCGAACGGACAGAGGUACUCCCACAACGGGCCGGGGCGGUGA